AUGAUGGACAGAGACAAAAAGUCUGACCUUCUGAAGAAGAUGAUUAAUCCAUCCAGCAGAAAUCAUGAUGACGCCCACAGUGAUACCGGUAACAGCUCGGGUAACUCUACUACUACCGGUAGGGACGUUGAUAGUCAACCUGCCCAACUUGAUCAAGCGGUAAUGGAUAGCCUCAUCAAGCGAGCAGAGGCAGAAGCCGCACAGCAGUACAGAGAUGACGAAUUUGAUACCAUGGAAGCUCAAGUAAAAGACAAAAAGCCAGCUGCCAAGAAAAGGAAUGCCAAGAGUACACCAAGCCAAGGAAAAGGCAACCAAAAAUCUCAACAACAGCAACUAAAACAAGAUUCUACAAAUCAAAUUAGGGAAGGAGGAGGAGAAGAAGCAUCAGAAGAAAUCAGGAAAAUUGUGGCAGAACAAGCUGGACUGGCAAUGGCGCAGCAUCUAAGCGAAGAAGAAGAAAACCUUAAGAAGGCAUACAAUUCCACUUCCAACAACCAUCUCCUGCAGAUGGCAACAGAAGUAAACGAAACUGCCAAAAUGGAAAAACUCGCAAAAAUGUCACAAGAGACAACCAACAGAGAAUCAGCGCCAACUAGAAAUACCCACCAAAAAGGAGAAACAAUCCAGCAAACCACACUGCGCCGGACAAGCCAACUGUCACCCCGACCAGGAGCGUACAUGGGAGCCCCAGGAGAGGCAUUGCUGCGUGCAAACACUCUCCGAUUCUCUCUUGUAGGAGCCAGUGGAACUACUGAUCUGGGUGGUUUGGUACAGGUGGAUGAUCCAGUUGAUUCCUCCUUUGUCGCAGAACGGGACGCCAUAUUGCCCAGCAACAACAAUUCAACAAUUGACAACCAGCACCUAGCAGUGGCCAAUCUAGUUCUGGAUGAUUCUGAUGAGGAGCAAACGAGGCCACUGGCCAAUCCCGUGGAUCUUGAGGAAAAAGUGAAAACACGGAACAGACUGAGGCAGUUCUUUGUCGUAUUUGUGCUGAUACUGGUCAUUGUGGCAGCCAUUGUUGUUGGCACAGUCAGUGGAACACAACAGAAGAAGGAACCAGGGGUAGUCACGUUGUGGUCAAGUGAAACACCAACAGUUGUUGCAUCCAUGGAGCCUUCCGAAGCACCGUCAUCAGCCCCCACAGGAGUUCUGGCCUUGCUGUUGGAUAAUCUACCCAGUCAAACAUUGGCUAGCCUGAACAGCGGCAGUGAAACUCCACAAUGGAAAGCAUGGCAAUGGCUUGUGAAUCAUCAAAACAUCACAUUUCUUACAGAAUGGAGAAAAGAGCAGUUAUUUGCUCUAGCUACAUUCUACUAUUCUUUUGAGGGGGAAAAGUGGAACCCUCUCAUAAAGGGGCAUGGGUGGAUGGAUGACUCAGUCGAAGAGUGCUACUGGUUCUCUAGUGGUUUUGGAUACUUCUAUGAAGGAAAAUUCAACGAAGAAUUUUGGCGGUCUUCGUGCAACAAUCAUGGUAAAUUCACUUCUCUUUGGUUGGACGACCUCCAGCUUUCUGGCAUGACGCCUUCUAUUCCUCCAGAGAUCACCAUGUUGACUUCCCUGUCCCACCUUGAAUUGGCCUUCAAUGACAUUGAGACAUCAAUUUCAUCUCUCUUCCCAGCAGAAUUGUAUGAGAUGACCGCUUUGACUAUGUUGGCCUUUUAUGGACAGAACUUGACUGGCCCACUCCCUUCUGAGCUUGGACAGCUUACUGCUUUGGAGCAGUUGUGGUUCUUUCGAACUCAGUUGACUGGUCAGAUUCCCUCAGAGCUUGGGCGGCUGACUGAUUUGACUGGCUUGGCGUUUUUUGAGAGCCAGUUCACUGGCCAAAUCCCUUCCCAUAUUGGACUGCUGACACAAAUGUUGUACUUGGAGUGGUUUGACAAUCAGUUCUCUGGUCAAGUCCCUUCUGAACUUGUAAGACUCACUGCUUUGGAAUGGUUAAUAUUUGAUAGCAAUGAGCUAAGUGGGCAGGUUCCCUCUGAGUUUGGACAACUCACCGCCUUGGAUCAGUUGCAUUUGAAGGGAAAUCAAAUCACUGGUCAGAUCCCCUCUGAAUUGGGACAACUGACUGCUAUGAAAUGGUUGCUUUUGAAUGAAAAUCAGAUGACCGGACCUGUGCCAUCCGAGUUUGGCAUAUUGACAAAUUUGGAGAUUUUGAAUCUAACUGGCAACCUUGGCUUGUCUGGUACAAUCCCAGAGGAGCUAUGCUUCUUGCAGAAUGUGUCUUGUACUGCCUAUGAAGAUGAUGAUCAGUUCACUGAGUCCUGCCAUGUUGGCUUUGACUGUACCUCUGUUUUGUGUGGAUGUGAUUGCGCCUGUUUGAAUUCUUCUUUGAUGGAAGGGGGGAUAUAA